AUGGUUAUAGAUUUUAGUGAAGAGUUUGAUUUUGGUGAUGGAGAAGACAAGAAAAGAAACCUGGAUGAUCUUAUAUUAGGAAUCUGUUUAUGGCAUUCCACAAAUAUUGACAGAAAAUCAUUAUUUGAUAGUAAUAAUGGUACUGGUAACAAUAAUAGUGAGAUUGUUGUGUUGGUGACAAACGAUAGAAAUCUUCGUGUUAAAGCAAGAGCAAGAGGAGUUGAUGUUGUUGGAGUACAAGAUCUUUAUAAAUUGAUUUGA